AUGUCGAGCUGGAACCCCUCUCCCAAGGGACAACCCGGUCGGAAGACCAACGUCAAGACCACAGUGACUGAUAUUGCGGCCUACAACAAGCCAAAGUUCACCCUCACGGUCCGCGACAACAGCGGCACCAAGGUGUCUAUAUCGGUCAGCGACACAACCAGCUGGCUCACGCUCAAGAUUGCCUUUGCAAGGGGCCUGAACUUGGAUGACGACACGAUUUACACCUCUCGGCUUCUCCACGAUGGCCUGCGUAUGGACCACCUCAGCGAGCCCGUGGCCUCGACCCUUCCACAGGACGCGAUUAAAGAUGCCACGGCUGAUAAGGAGGUCAUUAUUGAGUGGCAGUCACACUUGCUUGGCGGCUAG